UUAAUGACUUUACAAGAAACAAGUAUAUAACUGGUAUACAAAAUCUUCUCACAGAAAUUAUGCCAGGUGACACCUGUGCAUUCAACUUGAUGUACGAAAUCUCCCCUAACAUCUGGUGAUACAAUGUUAGGUGACUUUUGUAGUGUCUCUGUAGAUUGAUAGUGCUGGGAGCUAUAGUGGUUGCUGCUAAUUUAUAAUAGUGUAAGACGCUGCUGGGAACAUUUCAUGCAGGAAGCAGUGUAGGAAGUUGUAUGACAACAUGCUACUUGCGUGGGUUGUAUAAGGCAUUAUCAUUGUCUUUGAAGAUGAUGAAAAUGACAGCAAUGUUUUAUCCUGUAGUGGUCCUUAUCAUGGUAUUUCUGACAUGCUGUGGUCCCUUGGUAGCUUAAUAGCUUCUGUUUCUAUCACAAGGGGAGAGUACAGGCUUUAGAGUUUAUACAAAAAUUCACACUAAAACUAUCCCCAGAACACAGUAUUUUCAUUUUUUGGAACAGUUACUUAAUACUUACUACAAAGUAUUGCCAGCAGGUCGAAGGAGGUGAUCCUUCCUCCCUGCUCAGCACUGGUGAGGCCACACCUGGAGUGCUGUGUCUGGUUCUGGGCUGCCCAGUACGAGAGAGAUGUGGACGUACUGGAGAGACUCCAGUGAAGGGCCCCAAAGGUGAUGCAGGGACUGGAGCAUCUCUCCUGUGGGGAAAGGCUGAGAGAGCUGGGACUGCUCAGCUUGGAGAAGAGGAGUCUCGGGGCGACCUCACUGAUGUAUAUUAACACCUAAAGGGAAGGUGCAAAGAGGAUGGAGCCCAGGCUCUUCUUGGUGGUGCCCGGUGGCAGGACCUGAGGUAACAGGCACAAACUGAAAUGUGGGAGGUUCUGUCUGAAAGGAAAUUUCCCCCCCCCUCUUUGUUACCAUGAGGGUGACCGAGCACUGGCAGAGGUUGCCCAGAGAGGUUGGAGUCUCCCUCCUUAGAGAUAUUCACAAGCCAUCUGGACACGGGCCUGGGCAACUGGUUCCUGCUUGGGCAGGAAGGAGUUGGACCAGAGGACCACCAGAGAUCGCUUCCAACCUCAGCCAUUCUGUGAUAGCUGGUGGAAAAGAUAAAGAGAUCGUCUUCAAAGCUGUGUUCAUUGUUCCAGGUUAUCAUGUUUUGGGUUUUGUGGUGGUGGUGGUGUUUGGGUUUUUUUGGUUUUUGUUUUGUUUUUUUUUUCUCUCCAGUAACUCUUAGGUAUGGAUGGAAAGAAGGGGUGGACUCAAAUUUACCUGGCCUAACUGCAGGUACCUGGGGUUUCGUAUUGCUUCUCUCUAGGCCUUCAGCUUGAAUAACAAACUUUAACCAUACGCGUGUGCUCUGACAUUCCAUGUGCGUUUCAUCUCUCCCAAUACAAUAGUACAGUAAGUGACUGUGACUUGGCUGUUUAGGCAAACAGCACAGAGAAACUGGGGAGGGAACACUAUGUAAACACAUUUUUCCCAAAUAUUUAAAGAAGUUAAGCAAUUCAUUUGCUUUGCAUUUAAUGCUUUUGGCAUUAAUUAGACUAAUUUUUAGUUUUAACAUUUGUUCAAAGUUUAAAAUACCUCUCUGUCCUUUCAAAUACGAGAGGGGGGGGAGAGGAAGAAAAAAAAAUCUCAAUCUUUUUAUUAUUCACCAACAGAAGUACAAAGAUAAAUCCAGGUGUUCUUUGCAGGCACUUUUUAUUUUUGAUCAAGUAAACCAGCUUGUUUCAAACAUCCAUGGAACUGAAAGCAGGAAGCAAGAUUGCAGUGCCACAUUCAGAAAUCAUGUAUUUCCGUGCUUUUAUGCUUAGUGUGUGUUAAGGGUGAAUCAAAUUAUGAACUCCCAGUGGAAGGCCAGCAGUUUAGCUAAAAAAACCCCAUGCACCUGCUUAAUCCAAGAUGAUAUGCAAGCAUGGGGAGGUGGAAAUUAAACACACCACUCCAGCAAUAGUGUCCUACAACGUGAUACUUAUGAGGAUAAAGGAAAACAAGGACACAACCUUGUCAUUUGAAGGAGAAUUCAUGAUGUGGCCUGAUGAAACUGAUUUGCUAUGCCCUUUUUACAGACAGUAGUGGGGUUCUAGUUUUGGUUUGGUUUUGGUUUUUGUUUUUUUUUUUUUCCCCUCUGAAAAAAAUAACUGUGCUGUAGGUUUAUUUUCCCAACAAAGUUGGAAUACUCACCUGAGUGUUAAUUCUCGAGUGGUCUGUUUUCUUUUAGAAAUAAAGAUUUCUAAUAGCUGGCAUAACUAUCUACGUGUCUAUAAGAUGCUGAUAAACACAAAUAUAGUACAUAUUUUUUAUAUUUUGGAAAGUAUCUAGUGGAGUAUAGUUCUGACUCACAUCUUAGCUUGUUUGCACAGCAUGAAAGAACAGAGACAUCCUGCAUGCUACAACAGAAUUCCAGUCCCUCUUUAAGGAGCUACCCAUUCCCAUUGUUCGUGCCCAUUCCUCCCUUCUUCUUCCCUCUGUUCGCUUAACCUUCCGAUCUUUCUUCCUCACUUAAAGCCUCCUUGUGGGGUGUGUGUGCUUGCAUGACCUUCCCGCCUCAUCAGAUGGCUUCUGUGGCUUCAUGAUGCAGCUUUGGGUUCCCCAAACCAGCAGGCGCUGCAGGUGCACAUCCAGGCCUGGAAGGUAAAGAAGAUACUUCUAUGUGAAUGUCAGAGGAGCCCACUCGUGGGUUACUUGAAGUAGCAAAGCAAGUCAGUUCUCCAAGGCUGGAAAUUCAUGGAAUGAACAGCUAUCAAAUCUAUCUUCAACUGACUUUGAAAAGCAGUUACCAUGUUUAUCAAUACGCUUUCACUCCUAAGCAUUUGCAUGGAGGGCUCGGAGAUUCCUUCAGAAGUUGAAUGGCCCCAAGAAGAGAAAAACUUGGUCUCAAUGAAGAAGCCAGCUCUGUUCUUCCUGAAGUCCAAGAACAGUGGACAACGUGCCUUCCCUUGCAUCCUCUUCCCCCUCCUGCUGUCAGUCGCUGUUAGUCUUUGCUGGAAUUGAAGUUUCCCCGUCUCCUGGUCUCUGAGCACCCUUUGGCAUCUGGGAGGAACUGUUCUCAUCAGAAGCAGUAAUGGCCAACUAAUGCUGGUAUCUCAACAAGCAAUAGCACGAGCACAGAGUCAGCCACAAAAUAACACAAGCGUGAGGCCGUCUGUACCGACCAGCACACCUGCCAUCAGAAUAUGUGCUGUACAGAACUCUGGCACCCAGUUGCUAAAGAAAGUAGCAGCUACUCCUGUGAAACCAUUAUCUCAAACAACAAAUGCUGUGGCUUCUACUGUUCAGCCACCUGCUGUAAUACAGCCAGCAGCUGUAACAGCUAGUGUUACUACAGUUACUGCUGUAAAGCCUUCGAGUACUGGAACACCUGUAAAACUUCCAGUUACAGGACCACCUGCACAAGCUAUCUCCCAAAAGGCAGUCUCUGUGAAAGUAGAGGGCACAACAGUAGCACAGACCAGCGCUUCUACAGAGAUGCUAGAGAAUGUGAAGAAAUGCAAGAAUUUUCUUGCUACGCUAAUAAAACUGGCAUCUAGUGGACCUCAAGCCCCUGAGAUGGGGCAGAAUGUGAAGAAUCUGGUGCAAAAUCUACUGGAAGCAAAAAUUGAACCAGAAGAAUUUACAAAAAAGCUAUACAUAGAGCUCAAGUCAUCUCCACAACCGUAUUUAGUUCCUUUUCUCAAGAAAAGCAUGCUUGCCUUACGGCAGCUAAUGCCCAAUGCUCAGAGUUUUAUCCAGCAGUGUAUGCAGCAGCCAGCUCCAACCCAAGAAGCUGUUUCAACUUGUACCUCUGCAGCACCAGCUCCUUCGAUAGCAGUGGCAACCUCACCUGUAGCAACAACUUCUCUUCCAGUUGUAAAACCAGUGUCUGCCCCUGUAACAGUCACGGCCUCGCCGGUUAUAAAACCAGUCCUUGUCAGUGCGUCGGCGACAGCUUCUCGGCAGACCGUGAAGCCUGUUCCUGCCUCUGCAGUGGUGACAGCAUCUCUUCGGCCCGCAGCUUCAGUCAUCACCACAACAAUAGCAACGUCAGGGAUGACUGCUAUCCAAACUGUCAAGCCAGUCUUCGCCUCUGCGGUAGCAACGUCCUCUCUGCAGCCUGCAAAGCCCAUGCUGGUCUCUACAGUGGCAUCUUCAGCAACAACCCCUCUCCAGCCUCUGAAACCAGUCAUUGGAACCCCAAUCAGUAUUAAAAUCUCACAGCCAAACUCCAUUGUUGCACAGUCAGUGGGUGCUCAGCAGGUGGUUAAAGUGAAACAGUUGGUAGUCCAACAACCAUCAGGAACCAUUGUAAAGCAAGUGUCCACACUCCCGCAACCCUCAGCGCUGACCCUACAGACAUCUGCUGAGAAAAGGAUGCCGCUGAAUACGCUUGUUCAAACUAACCAGUUUCCUGCAGGUUCCAUUUUGAAACAAAUUACCCUGCCAGGAAAUAAAAUUCUGUCGCUUCAAGCAUCUCCUGUUCAGAAAGCUAAAAUAAAAGAGAAUGGAGCAACAUCCUUCAGAGACGAAGAUGACAUAAAUGAUGUGACUUCUAUGGCGGGGGUCAAUCUUAAAGAGGAGAAUGCGUGCAUUUUCGCAACAAACUCUGAGCUCAUCGGUACAGUGAUCCGCUCUUGUGCAGAUGAACCUUUUCUCUCCUCGGAAGCACUUCAGAAGAAGAUCUUGAACAUAGGUAAAAGGCAUGACAUUAUGGAACUUAACUCUGAUGUUGUGAACUUGAUCUCCCACGCUACACAGGAGAGAUUACGAGGGCUCCUAGAAAAACUAACUGUAAUUGCUCAGCACAGAGUAUCAACCCACAAGGGGAGUGAUAAAUACAUAGUAUCUAGUGACACCAGAGCACAGCUGAGAUUUCUUGAAAAGCUUGAUCACCUGGAAAAGCAGAGAAAGAAUGAAGAGGAACGCGAAAUGUUGCUUCGAGCAGCCAAGAGCCGUUCCAAUAAAGAAGAUCCAGAGCAACUGCGGUUAAAGCAGAAAGCGAAAGAGAUGCAGCAAUUGGAGUUAGCACAAAUGCAACAAAGAGAAGCCAACCUCACAGCUUUGGCAGCCAUUGGACCAAGGAAGAAAAGACCACUGGAUUCAUCAAAUGCUGGAUCUGGGCUGGAGGAUUUGAAAGGCAAUGGAACCGCUCCUGGAUCAUCAGGUUUUAGCCUUACGAAACAGCUGCUCUGUCCAAGAAUAACCCGUGUCUGUCUCAGGGACUUGAUAUUCUGCAUGGAACAAGAGAGGGAGAUGAAGCAUUCCCUAACCUUGUACCAUGCUCUUCUGAAGUGAUUUGAAUUUUACAUUUCAACUUGCUGUCUACUGCCAAAGAAAACACUGAAGCAUUGUUGCACUGUCUUGAAUUCCAAUUUCUGGAAAAUGAUCCGUUGUAAGGAUAACUCUUGUUUACAGAUAAACAUUUUUAUUAAAUACCUAAC